UAGUUUCGCGGCAAAAAAGGAAUUGGCGCGCAAAUGGGCGAGUGCUGGGGGAUUGGGGAUCAGCUGGAAGGUGAUAACAAUAGUGCUCCCCGGCCCGAGAGAAGGACCCCGCUGCCACUAGCAUUCCGACCGGCUUUCUCAGGCACCCCGGCUGGACGCUGCACCUACAGCGAGGAGUCUCUCCGUUGGAUGCCUCAGUAGAAGAAACAAUCGGGUUUUUAAGGGAGCUGUCCCAUGAAGGUCUUUGGAAUCUGGAUUAAAGUGGCUGUAACUUUAGUAACAUCCGGAUUAUAUAGGUUUUAGUCGCUUGUCUCCAGCGUUUCCUUGAUCCUGGCUUUUUUAGCACUUGCUAUCCUGAUUAUGUGUAUAUUUAUGUGCAUGUAGGCAUGGUAGUGUCUCCUAUUUUUAAUAUUUAGUUUACUUUAACAUGAAUUGUCAGCCUUUUGUUCUGUAGCAUAGCACUUCUCUUUAUGCUCUGUUCUACAGGAGCUCCUCUUAAAGCUGCUUUCCCCCUAAUCUAUGGUUAGUCAGCUCUGACUGCUAGGGUGGCUAGUGCUAUAUUUGCAUAUAUAUAUAUAUAUUUUUUAAAUAACUUUUUGCUUUUCCAUUGUGGGUUGGCUGAUUUAAAUACACUGCAGUACUGUACUCUGAUCUCAUUAUUGGGGUAUCUUGGGUAUGUGUACUUAUAAAUCAUUCUCCAGGGAAUCCUAUGUGUGUCUUUAUUGCAUACAUUGAGGAUACUGUUUUGCAGUGUAGUGAUCCAUCAGGUCCAUAAUCUCUCCAAGAUGGAAAAACAAGGGGCUUAACUGGAGUGUUGAUGGGAGUAAUAGCUUUGUCUAUAAAUUGUCAGCUGUAGCUGUGCUGGUGUUUUAUGCCAUCAAUUUCUAGGAGUACAAAUUAUUUUGACUUUUUGCAAGUGGAUUCCAAAUAGUUUGUUAUUGUUCCUGUUAUCCUUGUACUAUGGAUUCUGUUGUUUGAAGGCUUUUGCUAUCCUUUGACCUCCGUUUUUAUGUUUUGGAAGAGUUGUUUCUUGGGAUUUCCAUGUAGGAGUGGCUAAUGUCAAAUUGAGGAUAUGGGACCUGGAUGGUCUGCGAGACAGAGGGAAUAACCCCUCUUAUCAUGUCCCAGGACUUUGGGGUGUCUUACGGCUGCAUUGAAGGCGAACUAGGGUCCGUAUGGGAAGCUGGCACCAUUCAUGUUGCUGAGCAACAGAUUGUCAUUAUAUCAACUCCGGAUGUCCCAGGAGAGGGACCUGCAAACCCUGGCCUCAGUGAGGCAGAGCUCAUGCUAUUCACUACCCCCCAGGGGUCCAGUCCAGGAUGUGCUGGGCAGAAGCCAACCCUUGGACGUCCACCGGUGAAACGGAAAUUGGAUUUGGAAGCAGUACACAGAUAUGUUCCAGAGGGACUCCAGACACCUCGUGGGAAGACGAGAAACCCUGGAAGAGGAGUUAAAUCCCCUGGGGAGAGGUCUCGAUAUGAGACAUCUUUGAACCUCACAACCAAGAGAUUCCUGGAGCUCCUUAGCAAGUCUGCUGAUGGUGUGGUGGAUUUAAAUUGGGCUGCCCAGGUGCUAAACGUGCAGAAGAGGAGGAUCUAUGACAUCACCAAUGUGCUUGAGGGGAUACACUUGAUUACCAAAAAGUCUAAAAACCACAUUCAGUGGCUGGGAAGCCGAUCUGUGGUGGAGUCCAGCAGUAGGUACCAAAUGUUGGUUAAAGAUUGCCAGGAUCUUCUUGCCACAGAAAAGCAACUGGAUGAGUUACUCCACAUGUGCACCACGCAGCUGAAAAUGCUUACUGAGGAGUCGGAGAGUCAACAAUUGGGUUAUGUCACCUGCCAGGAUCUCCGCAGUAUCGCCGAUCCCUCAGAGCGGAUGUUGAUGGUGAUCAAAGCUCCACCAGAAACCCAAAUGCAGGUUUCCGAUCCCACGGAGGGUCUACAAAUUUCCCUGAAGAGUACCCGUGGACCCAUUGAUGUGUUUCUUUGUCCAGAAGACACUUCUGGAGUCUGCAGCCCUGUCAAAAGUCCCACAAAAGCCACGCGUUCCUCCAAUCCCUCCCCCAGCACGCACAAUUCUGAUGAUUCGUCUACAUUGACUUCUUCCCAGGACAUUGGCUUGGGCUUACGGCCUUGUGAUCAAGAAUCAUUGCUAUCACCGGAGACUGAUCUUCCAUUGGGCUACACUGCAGAAGACCUUCAGCUUUCUCCUGCUGCUGCCCUGCCAGACUUUCUUUCAGAUGAGUUCAUCAGUUUGUCUCCUCCCCUUUCUCAUGAGUACCACUUUGGGCUGGAGAACAGUGAGGGUGUCAGUGAACUCUUUGACUGUGAUUUUAGCGACCUGGCAUCAUUCGACUUGUGAACUGAGAAAUGCAUCCAUAUAUUCCUAGCAUCUACACAAAGUUUGUGCCCAAAAUCACACUUCGAAUACUCCAUGAUUUCAGACAAACAAGAUUUUCGAGUUCACUUAGCAGAGUUAAAAGGACUUGGCUUAAAAAGACAAUAAAAAUGAUAUUAUACUCUUCUGUAUAAGUGUUCUGGGUGGUGUGGUUCUGUAGCAAUCAUAGCACUUUGAGCUGCUGUACAUAUAACAAAGAAUCUUGUGGGGGAUUUUUUUCUCCAGAAGACCUGUAUGGUCCCUCCAAAACCUAGGAGCAUGCAGUCUUGCCUUCCACAAUAUGUUAAGUGGUGCACUUAAUUAUGGCAUUCAUACAAACUAACCUGCUGGUUGUUGAGGGUGCUGGUCUUUGCUUUAUCUGUCCCUUAAAAGAAGUUGUGAUGUUUCUUUAUAAUUUAUUUAAUUAUAAAUCAUUGUUUUAUAUUCUGCGCCAAUUUAAUAGUAAAACCAUUUAUGUAAUAAGGUAAUGUCAGAUGAGCAUUCUUGAAAGAUGUGUUUCAGGAUUCUACAACCGGAGUUCUGACAAACUAUGCUCUGAAUUAUCCUUGUCACAGUAAAAGUGUGUUAAAAGCAGUACAGUAUAAUGUAACAGGGUAACUUCCAGUGUGUAAUGUGUCAGUGUUUCAGCUUUAGAAUGCUGACUGCUACAUUUUUGUAGUAGAAAAACUCAAAUUUCUUAAAGGUUUAACUAUAUAAAUCUAAACUGCAUAAGAUUGCUUUGUGUGGUCUUUGGUCAUUUAAAUUUGAAAUUUUUCCCUCUACUGGAUGCUGCUCACAGAAAAGGCACAGAGGAUUCCCCCCCCCCCUAGCUCAGUAUAUAGUAUAUAGUGUUAGCAAAACAGUAUUUAUAAGUGUUUUGUUUUGACCUCUCGAGGUUUAGAAUGUCACUUCAUGACUGUUCAUCUAGAACAGACAGGAUCAGUGUAUUUGCGAAUAACCUUGCUUAAUUUAUCUGUUAAUCCUGUUCUUGUUUGCCAAUAAAUAUUUUUCAGCUG